CAAAUAUUACACCCCAAAAUGUAGCUGCAAAAUGUGAAUGUACUUAUAAAUAACUGUUAGUCUCGCAAGGAUCCAUGUAUUCCAGAGAGCAACUUUGGGGGAGAGAAUAAGAAUGGGAUCACUAGAGCCGGAGAAAUUGGUAAGUGGGCAACUAGAAAUAUGGAAACUGAUGUUUGGCUUUGCAGACUCAAUGGUGCUGAAGGCUGCAGUUGAGCUUCGCAUCCCUGACAUUAUUAACUCCCAUGCUCGUCCCAUCACUUUGUCCCAGAUUGCUUCAGGUAUCGACUCGUCUUCUCCUGAUAUAUCCUACCUUGCACGGAUCAUGAGAUAUCUAGUCUGUAAAGGCAUCUUCACUGCCCAUCAACCAUCAGAUGGUGGAGAGUCUUUUUAUGGGUUGGCAGAAAACACCAGAUGGCUGCUACGUGACUCAGACUUAACCCUACAUCCAAUGGUGAUAAUGGAAAACCAUCCUUGGCAAGUAACACCUUGGCAUUACCUAGGCCAAUGUGUUAAAGAAGGUGGAAUUGCUUUCAAGAAAGCACAUGGCUGUGAAAUGUGGGAUUUUGCAUCUCAAAAUCCUGAAUUCAACAGGAUAUUUAAUCAGGCCUUGGCUUGCACUGCCAAGAUAGUGAUGAAGGCAGUUUUAUCAGGAUAUAAAGAUGGAUUUGAUGCCAUUACAACUUUGGUAGAUGUAGGAGGUGGUACUGGUGGAAAUUUGGCUGAAAUUGUUAAAGCCUACCCCCAUAUCAAAACCUUAAACUUUGAUUUACCACAUGUUGUGGCUACUGCUCCAGCCUUUGAUGGGAUCGCACAUGUUGGAGGAAACAUGUUUGAAUCAAUUCCAAAUGCUGAUGCAAUAUUCAUGAAGUGGAUAUUGCAUGAUUGGGGAGAUGAAUAUUGUGUAAAAAUUUUGAAGAAUUGCCGGAAAGCAAUACCUGAGAAAACAGGAAAGCUGGUCUUAGUAGAAAUAGUACUACAAGAAGAUGGCAACAAUCAAUUCGGUGAUAUGGGGUUGGUGUUUGAUCUUCUCAUGUUUGCACACACCACAGGAGGAAAAGAAAGAAGUGAAAUUGAAUGGAAGAAAUUAUUGGAGGAAGGAGGAUUCCCUCGCUACAAAAUCAUCAAUAUUCCUGCUUUGCCAUCUAUCAUUGAAGCCUAUCCACAGUGAACGGCACUUCUUAUAUUAUUGAUAAUUCCCUAUAAUUAUAUACCAUAAAGAACUUGAACCAUGUAUUUGAUUCUCUAAAAAGCAAUUAAUGUUGGGUUAAUUGCUUGAAUAACUUUGUACUUUGUUUCAAAUUUCAAUAUCAAAUAAUUGCACCAA